AUGUUGGUUACUCAGAAGCCUAUAAUCUAUCAAGGACGUUAUGGCGAAGAGUAUAGUCUUGGACGUGGCUAUAUUAUAAAUCUAGGAUCUGGAUUAUCCUUUGGUGCAGGAUCAGAGAUGAUAGUUUAUGUGGCAUCGAAACAUACUUUUAUAGGAAUUACCAAGGUUGCUGUAUUGGAUAAUGCGAAGUAUCAGAUUCGAGUUAAUACCUUGUGCCCUUCGUGGGUUAAAAUAUUUAUGUUAGAGCGAAGUUUGGAUCAUUGGCCCAAGUUAGCUAAAGUUAUACAAGCUGCUUCUACAGCUAAAAGAUCUGCAAUUCUAGAAGAGGUUGUGAAUAUUGCUGUUGACAAUGGUACGGUGAAGUCUGAUAUCGGUCAUUUGGAGGGUACAAGUGGUAUCGUCGGAUUUAUCAAGACCGCGCUGGUGCUUGAGGAGGAAGAAAUCCCGCCAAACACAUAUUUUGAGCAGGUGAAUCCAGACAUAGAUGCCGAGUUUCUUAACAUAAAAGAAGACGAACACAGACGAACGGCGAUUCAUAUUAGAUCAAUGCAUCUUGAGAAACUAAAAGCCCCACCAAGUCGCACCAAUGCAUCGGGAUUGUAUUCACUGAUCAAGGGUCACAAUAUAGCCGAAUGGGAAUCGAAUUACUUGACUACUCAACCUUUGCUGAGUCACUUCGAAAGUCAAAUGAGUCGUUCAAGAAGCUCGGAUGUAUCUGGUCUCUUUUCGAGCUUAUCUUGCAAGGCGAAAGGCCCCAUAUUGACGACCCGGCUCAUAGCCAGCGUCUAUGCACAGCAUUGCGAAUUGGUCUUGUUUUACUCUUUCGCAGCGUCGGGAUCGUGCCUUCAAUUUGGCACUGUUAGCGAAAAUGACGCAUACUUCCAAGUGAAGAACAAGGGACAUCUGCUUGACAUUGCCAGCAUCAAGGAGAAAGAGUUUAUGGUACUUCUGGAUCAUUAUUGCCAUCCUAAUCAAGAGCCUCCUUCACAGGAAAAUAGUUUGCCCAUGAUUAGUCUUGUCACAUCCGCACAGCUUUCAUCACAAGGCCUGGACGUACCGGAUUGGAUUAUUCGCCCGACAUCCUAUCUACUUGGCUUGACCGCCACUUUCGUAGCAGACAUAUCAUCCAGUGGAGUAGAUUAUGCCACUGAAUUGCGUAAUGCGAAUUCCUUUGCCGAUGCUAAGGGAAUAGCGUUGGUAGCUCUGAUGUCAAAGCUAGCGAAGGCACUGGCGAUAUCGAUUUCCGAUAUCGACACCAUUAAACCGUUGCAUUUUGGAAUGGACUCGCUGUUAGCGGUUGAACUGCGUAAUUCGGCGGCGGAAAAAUGGGUGCUAAUAUUGCCGUGUUCGAUAUUAUGGACGCGGAGAGCAUUCUUGUUUUGA